UUUGCAGUGCAGCCUCGUCGGCGCAAAGAAGGCAAUUGAGGAAUCCCGUGGCUUCCGUGGAUAUUUGUAUGCGCAAGAUCUCUGGUGCAAAGGCCCUUCCUCAAAAUAGGACAAACUCGAGUUUGGCAUCCCUCGACGUGGAGUGCUGGUGGAACUUUGAUUUGCAACAAUCCGGUCAAAGCAGCUCUGUUUACUAGACUGAACAUUUUUGAUUGGCAAACAAAUACAAGUACUUUCGAACGUAUUUGUAGGUUGAAUGCCCCCAAAAAAAUAAUGUAAACUUAUGUUAUUAAUUAUUAUCAUUUUAUGUUUGAGCAUCAUAUUAUUUCAUGUUAAGAUGACCUAAAUUACAUUCUGCUGCUUCAUCAUUAGUUGGACAUGUUUUUACGUCGACAGCUUCUGAUUGGCUGAAGAAAAGGAAAACAGGAAAUGAUUCAGUUGCAGAAGAGCUUUUAUGGCAUAUACAUUUUCCUGUCAAAUGAAAGUGACAUCACAGUUGCACGGGCCCAGGUAACAACCAGCCAUGGCUCACCUGUUUUCUCAAGGCAAGAUGGCUUGAAUGGAGUCGGCCAGUUGUCACCUGCUGUGUCGUUUUCUUCUUUGGUGGCACAGGAAAAAAAGCACCAGCAAAAAUCCUGCCUGCUCCAGCGCCCCCUCCCUCCCUUCCCCUGGUCUCUGGCUGGUCCUUCUGCUAAAGUCGGAGGUGGGGAGGGAGGGGACUGGACUGGACGGCGGUGUUCUGCAGAGGAGGCUGAGGGAAAGGUGGAGGACCAGAAGAGGGGAGUCGGACAGAUGGAUGGAGCUCAGGAGACGGGAUAUUGCGUGGUUGACCUGAAGGAGCUGGGGGAGCUGCCUCAUGACACCGGUGUUGCUCGCUUCUCCAAGAUGGCGCAGGUGGCGUUCAGCCUUGCAUGCAAUGACCUGCUGACUUCAAGCCCAGACGGGACGCCCAAUACGGUGGUCCACGUAGCUGUGGCGGACCCUCAUAAGGAUCGCCUGGUCUCCCGCGCCUGCACGGAGAUAGUUCAGGCAAACAAGGACCCACACUUUUUGACCGGGGUGACCCUCUCCUCAGACUGUCCUACCACCCCAGAGACGCUCGUCAAGUUGACAGUGUAUGAUGUUAAGGACAAGUCUCAGGAAGUGGGUAGCUUCCUGGGCAGUGCCACAUUUUCGGUGGGCGAUCUGCUUCAGGCCAAAGAUGAACGACUGUCCUUGAGUCUCAGGUCACCCGAUGGCGGUUGCGCAGCCGGAACAGUAGUGGUGAGUCGACUGAAAAUGGGUGAGAUGGAAGAAGCGGAGCACAUCAUCACUGAUGUACCGUCCCAGAAAUGUCCCAUAGUGUGCGAGUCUGCGUCCCACAGCUGCGUCGACAGAGACCACCUCCUGACAGGACCAGUGUUCACCAACCCGGUAUGCAAAGUGUACAGAUUCCAGACAGCGGACAGCAAAUGGAUGCUGGUGCGCGAGCAAAUGGAGGAGUGCACGUUGUCCUUCAGCAUCCCCAAGCAGCUGCUCUCGCUCUACAUGCAAGAGGACAUGAGCAGGGUGCAGGAUCUGAAGGAGCUGGGCGAACUCUCUCCGCACUGGGACAACUUACGAAAGGAGGUGAUAACACGAUACAACGGCAUCAUCAGCUCCUACCAGGAGACCCUGGCUGAAAUGGAAAAGAUCACCGGGAUCUCCUUCAAGCAGAGUUGCUGCAAAGCCCAGAAAUCCCUCGAGUUCCUCCCAAUCAACUUGCACACUCAGAGGAUGAGGGUGACGUGCCCCAGAAAGACGGACGCGUCGUACGACAUUGUCACGGCGGGCGCCCCGGCCGCACACUUCCAGGGCUUCAAAGGCGGCGGUCUGCAGCGUCUCCUCAGCAGAUACGAAGCAGAGAAGAAAAGCUUCAGCACGGCCUACCAGUGUAUCUACUAUUCCCCGGAGCACACGGCCAAAGCUCAAGAGGUUCUGAGCAGCGUGAGCCUCCUGCAGCCGCUCAUCGGCACCUUAGCGGACCAACUACUUCACGCUGCUCACGAGCAUUCUCCUCCCAGCCUGAGAGAGGCGCUCAAGAACCUCUCGGACAAGACGGAGCAAUUUGUCCACACGCUCAAGGAUGAAUUGGUCAAGUGCUCCCUGUUGGCACUGCAUGCCGCCCAGCCCGGCUACGUGUCCAAGAACCAAAAGAGCGGCGAGCGAGACCCGAGUCCCAUCCGGACGGCGUCGCCCUUGCCCCCCGCUGUCGACGAGGCCAUGUUAUGCAACAACGUGGAAGGCUGCACGCAAGGCCUGAGGCGAGGUGAUCACUCCAUUCCGCACCACAAAGAGUACGACGAAGAGGAAUGGUGUGUGAUUGUUGGAUUCUUUCAGGACAGAAUUUGGGCCAGUGUGGCCAAGCGGCUCAACUGUGUCAUCGCCAUGGUGGACCAACUGGCCGACCAGGACGAGCGCAGCAAGCAGGAGCGUAGCGGCGAGCAGCAACAGCUCGCUGAUGUCAUCACCUCGCACAACCCUGCAAGUGACUGGCGGGAGCAGCUGUGCCCCCUAGUGGCCAGGUUAAAGGAGUGCGUGACACAGGUGGUGGACAAGGCCAAGAGAGCCGUCACCUUUGUGCUUCUGCAGGAGGCCGCCUGCAGCAUCCCGCAGGGUUUCCUACUUCAGCAGAGGAGGGACGUCGUCUUCAGUCAGGCUCUGGCAGUGUUGGCGUGUGGUUUCGUCAUGCGCGUGUACGCAGGAAUGCAGGACAAAGGUUUCCUGAGGCAGCUCCACCUGGUCGGCCUGGUGGCCCAGUUUGAAAGCCUGCUCAGCACCUACAGCGAAGAGAUCGGCAUGCUGGAGGACAUGGAGGUGGGGGUGGCAGACCUCCGGAGGGUCGUGUUCAAGGUGACCCAGGCCAGGACGGACCACCUCAGUGACCUUCAGCCUGUGGUGCGAGGCAGACGGGACCACUUCACUGUGGAGGUCCCGCUGCCAGGCCCCGCCUUCCAGAACAUGCCAGAGGAAAUCAAGGAGGGCCGACCUCUGCGCGUGUUUCCGGUGCUUUUUAACGUGGGCAUAAACGAGCAGCAAACCAUUGCCGAGAGAUUUGGAGACAUUUCUCUUCAGGAGAGGAUCAACCAGAUGAACUUUGAAACGCUGCAGUGUUAUUACAAAACGUUGAGUGAAAAGGUGCCACGUGAAUGUCUACCGCAUUUCCAAACCCAGACCGACGUCAAGGAAUUACUUGAAACCCUGGGCCAGAAUGUAGUUGCGAAGCGGAGGAAGAAUGUGGAGAUUCUGUGGAGUGCUGCGGCGGUUUGCCGACGUCUGAACGGAAUCAGAUUCACCAGCUGCAAAAGUGCCAAAGACCGAACGUCCAUGUCCGUCACGCUGGAGCAGUGCGCCCUGCUGCGUGACGAACACCAGCUCAGCAAGGACUUCUUCAUCCGUGCCCUGGACUGUAUGCGGAGAGAAGGCUGCCGCAUGGAGAACGUGGAGAAGAACAUCGGCUGCCGGAAAUACGCCUUCAACAUGUUGCAGCUGAUGGCCUUCCCCAGGUCUUACCGCCCGCCUGAGGGCUCGUAUGGAAAAGUGGACAGUUGACCGUUUUCGUUAAAGAGUCGCUGCCUGGUGAUGGCUGAUAAGGUACAAUCCGGUCCAGACAUCCUUAGAUCAAUUGGACAUGUCAUACGUGUCAUUUCAUAAUACGCUACAACAAAUAUUUAUUUUUUUCUACACUGAAAUGAUGGCUUUUGCCCCUUUUAUUGUACAAAAUGAUGUCAUUUGUAGCAUUGAAGAAAUAAAACCGUCUUUCCAUUUGCUCGUCCUGUAUUUAUACGUUUGUAUCAUAGUGCAACAGGAAACUAAAGGGAACUCUAGCAUAUUUGAGUUUUACUUGUUUGAUGACCGCGUACAUCGCAAAUCAUCCUGACCUAUUGACAUGAAUGGAAAUGCCAUUAAUCGGUUCCAGUCCCCUAUUAAAAACACCAACGAAAAAAUGUGUUUACAUUUUGAAAAAUCACACUAUGGCAUUUUAAAACACAGAGUAAUAAAAUAAUUAUAUCAUUAUAAAAUAAAAAUAGAAUAUAAAGAAUUAAACAGCUUUUGCGUCUUGAUUUCAUGAUUUAAAUCACUUUUGCCAACAGAGGCAUACUCAAUGAAGACAAAACAAACUUGCAUUCAAAAAAAUCUAAUGAUAGAGAAAAUGUCUUGCAAUAUCAUACACGAGCUUAAAUUUGAAUUGUAGUUUGCUUUAUUACACAGAACUUCAGGACUUUAAAAAAAAUAUAUUCUUGCAGUUGACAAGUACACAAUAUAUUUUUUAAAACCUAAAACUACGAAGAAAAAAAAAAUUUAAUUAAAAAAAAAUAAAAACAACAAACUUACUCUUAAAAACUAACUAAAACAAUCAAAAUAUCAAAACUAACAAUGAUAAAAAUAUGUAAUAUAUCACAGCGUAUGAAAAAAUAUACAUGUUUCAUUCAAUUUUGCGCAACACCUUUAAAGUAAACUUGUCUUUUUUUUGGAGGAGGGGCCUGUAGCACAGAUUUUCACUCAUCGUGGGUGCACUCUUAACCCUAAAAUUUGGGUCAAAUGAAUAACCCACAAAACAACUUGACCCAACUUUUGGAGUCAUUUAACACAAAAAUUUGUGUCGGUCCCUUUUUGACCCAGCUGGUUUUUACAGUGCAUUCUUUGAGAUAAACGAAGGUUUACUGUACCACUACAUAUUCAACAUAUUUUGACUUGUUGCAUUGAUUUCUAGGUGGCAGUUAGCAUAUUUGGGGCGCGCAAUAUUCGUUUCAGUUUGCCAAUUAGGAUAUUUUGGGAUUUACUGUACAUUCAGGGCUGUUUAGCGAUUAGCUUAUGGUCACGGCUAAAUCUUUGCCGAGCAUUGACACACCUUGGUACAUAUCAAAAACAUUAGAGUACUUCACACACUUCAUUCAUGUCAAGCUACGAGGCAUUAUUUAUAUGCACAAAAAAAAAAUCUGAAGUUAUUUACUUGCAUAACUGCAGCCGUAUUUGGACAGUGACAGUUUCUUUUUAAAUGUUUUUUGAUUAAAUACUCGGAUGGAAUAAAAGCAAACUAUCGAAAUGAGGGGAUAAAUGCAGGCACUGGAUAAAGUACGUCAUCAGUUAAAUCACGUUAAAAAUGUGAUUUAUUUUGUGUCUUCUUAUUAUAUUGUAAUUAUAAAUUUUGGUGGCAUGACCAAAUAUUCUUGUGAAGUGUUCAUUUUUCUUGGAGCAAAACAUCUUUGUUCUCAUAACAUGAAGGUGUCUUUCUCGUAAGUUAUUUUUUGUAACAUUAUCUUCGUUUAAAAAAAAGACUCUUCUUCUAACGUUGCUGUAUUCUUCUUGAAAAAUCAUGAUUUUUAUCUCCUAAAAUGUGACAUCUGAAAUGAGUCUGGAUUGUUGUCAAUUACAACUUCAGUUCUUAUAACUUCAAGUUUUUCUCUGAUUUCUAUUCUCGUGAAAUGACAACUAUUCUUGAACAUCACAAUAUUUCUUGCGAUGUUUUCAAACAUUUUUCUUGUACAUUUUUUUUUAAUUGACUUUAAUUUCAGUUUGAUUUUUUUUUAAUAAUUUUAUUCUUACGACAUUUUCUUUACUGUAUUCCAUUUUCUCUGACAUACUUCUGAUGUUUAGAUUUUCUCCUGUUUCUCUUGAACAAUUAAUACUUUCUCGUCGGUUAUGACUUUGUCUUGCGAAAUUUUGACUUUAUUCUUGCAACUUUACAAAUUUUUUUAAGUGGUGACUACUGGAUAAAUUCCAAAUGUCUUUUUUUUUUCUCCCCAAUUCAUUACAACUUGUUACAUAAAAAAAUGUCUCUUUGCUCAUAACUUUUUUUCUUAUAAAAUCACAAUUUUCUUGUAAUUUUCCACUUUUUUGUAAAGCUGUCACUGUCCAAAAACGUGUGGACCUCACUUUACAUAUGUGGACAUUUUAAUUUCUAUACAGUAUCUUACAAAUUUGCACCUCAUGGCAUUUGCUGGGGCAUUCAUAGGGUCUCUGCUUGCAGGAGUGUUUUAAGUCGAUCCAGGAAGGUUGUGAUGUUCCCCAGUGAGUGGGCCUCGCAUGGUGGACAGCUGACCUGCAACUCAAAACAAGACGUGAAAAUAUAUAUA